AUGUCGUCACAAAUACAAAUCGUUCGUCGUCCUUCUCAUGAACGUGGGCAUGCUGAUCAUGGUUGGUUGAAGAGUUUUCAUACAUGGUCAUUUGCAUCUUAUCACGAUCCAAGUUUUUCCAGUCACGGGUGUCUUCGCGUUCUAAAUGAAGAUCGUGUUCAACCAACAACAGGAUUCGAUACACAUUCUCAUCAAGAAUAUGAAAUCUUUUCAUAUGUUGUCGAUGGUGAAUUACAACAUAAAGAUUCAAUGGGUAAUACAGAGAUAAUUCAUCGUGGUGAAGUGCAGUUUACCUCAGCUGGAACUGGUAUUCAACAUUCAGAAUAUAAUGUUCACAAAUCUCUAUGGGUUCAUUUUAUUCAAAUAUGGGUGAAACCAAAUCAGGCAAGACUUAAACCAUCUUACACCACGAAGAAAUGGUCGGACAAUGAUAAAAUCAAUCGACUCUGUCUGUUGGUUGAUGAUAUUAACAAUUCAAAUAAGGAUGCAAUUCCAAUUCAUGCGUCUUUAUCCAUGUAUGCUAGUAUUUUACAAAAGAGUCAAACGGUGGAGCAUACAUUUCAACGAUCAAAAGGAUAUAUUCAUGUAGUAAUGCGAAGUGGAUAUAAAGUGACAAACGGUGCAAAAAUUCGAUUGGCUGAUGGCACUGUUUUGGAAGAAGGCGAUGGUGCAUUUAUUUACUCUGACAAAAGUCAAAAUAAACUCUCAAUUGAAAAUGUUGGUUUAAUCGAUGCUGAAUUUUUAUUAUUUGAUCUCGAUUAA